AUGCUCUUCUUCUCCUGGACGUGCCUGCUCGCUGCGGCGGCCGGGCUGGCGCUGCUGCACCGCGUCACGACCUGCGACCCCGGCUUUUUGCGGCGCGGCGGGUGGGACUCGAGCCGCGGCAAGCGCGCGGCCGCCGGGGCCGCUGCCGCCGCCGGCGGCAGCGGCAAGUCCGGGAAGGGCAAGGACGGCGGCGGCGGCGGCGGCGGCGGGGUCCCGCUGGAGCACCAACACGGCAGCUGCGGGUCGAUGGCGACCGGCCAGCGGCCGGGCGGCGUUGAAAAUCGCGGCGGCGGCGGCGGCGGCAGCGGCGGGAGCGGCGUGAGCCACACGAUUGUGGCGACGGCGCUGGAGAGCUCCCCGCUGCUGCGCUCCGACAGCGACAGCGUCAGCGGCGGCCAUGCGCUGCUGGACUGCCCCGCGCUCUGGUCGGGCCAGUGGGGGCAGAUCUGCGUCACGUGCCGCAUCGUGCGGCCGCUGCGCGCGAAGCACUGCUCCGUCACAGACCGCUGCAUCGAGGUGUUCGACCACUUCUGCCCCUGGGUCGGCAACGCGAUCGGGAAGCGCAACAGGCACACGUUCCUCGCCUUCCUGUGGCUCGAGCUGUACGCGCUCAUCUCGGCGCUCGGCUGCGCUGUGGCCGCGCUACGCGCCUACGUGGCCGCUGGCUACUGGUCCGACCGGCUGGGCUGGGUGAUAGGUUUUGUCAUCAUUGACGGGUUCGUGGCGAUCUCAGUGGCGGUGCUGGCAGUCGCGCAGGCCAGCCAGGUGGCGCGCAACGUGACGACCAACGAGCUCGCCAACUGGCACAGGUACAAGUAUCUUCAGGACGCCGCGGGCCGCUUCCACAACCCCUUCAACCACAGCUGCUGCACGAACUGCGCCGAGGCCUUCGCGCCAGACGCGGUGCCCGUUGCGCCUGUGAUGCUGCCGCGCGACCCCGACUCGCUGCUGCAGCUCGGGCUGGUGCCGCCGCCGCGGGUGUGA